AUGGAAGGAAAGAAUCAAACAGCUCUGUCUGAAUUCAUCAUCUUGGGAUUCUCUGAUCUAAAUGAUUUGCAAUUUUUACUCUUCACCAUCUUCUUUCUGACUUAUAUCUGUACUUUGGGAGGAAAUAUCUUCAUUAUCCUGGUGACCGUGGCUGAUCCACAUCUACACACUCCCAUGUAUCAUUUUCUGAGGAAUUUGGCCUUUCUUGACAUCUGCUACACCACCACCAAUGUCCCCCAGAUGAUGGUGCAUCUCCUGUCAGAGAAGAAGAGCAUUUCCUAUUUGGGUUGCAUGGCACAACUUUUUGCAUUUAUUUUUUUUGUAGGAUCAGAGUGUCUUCUCCUGGCAGCCAUGGCGUAUGACCGCUACAUUGCAAUUUGUAAACCUCUAAGGUACUCAGUGAUUAUGAACAGGGCCCUGUACAGCCGCUUAGCCGCCUCGUGCUGGACUGGGGGUUUCCUCAACUCAGUGGUGCACACGGCACUGACCUUCCGCCUGCCCUUCUGCGGCAACAACCAGCUUCAGUAUUUCUUCUGUGACAUCCCCCCUUUGCUGCUGUUGUCUUGUGGGGACACUUCUGUCAAUGAGUUGGCAUUGCUGUCCAUUGGGGUCUUUAUUGGGUGGGCUCCUGUCCUGGGUAUCAUCCUCUCCUACCUCUAUAUUAUCUCUACCAUCUUGAGGAUCCGCUCCUCAGCAGGGAGGCAAAAGGCAUUUUCUACCUGUGCCUCGCACCUGGUUAUUGUCCUUCUGUAUUAUGGCAGCGCCAUCUUCACAUAUGUGCGGCCCAUCUCGACAUACUCUCUGGGGAGAGACAGACUAAUCUCUGUGUUAUACAGUGUCGUUACCCCUAUGCUAAACCCUGUAAUCUACACACUGAGGAAUAAGGACAUCAAAGGGGCCGUGAAGGUGUUGGGGAGAAGGUGGCAGCCACCGAUUCCUUCUUUUGAGAUGUAA